UGCUAUGUCAACCUAUGUUAAUAUUCAAAGUAAUGAUACGUUAACUGAAUCGGAUGUUGAGGCUCAACCAGAAAGUGCGGAUAAUGGGAUUUAUGAUGAGAGGGAAGUUAAUGAGUAUGAAUAUAGUGAAAAUGAGGAAUAUAGUGAAAAUGAGGAAGAAGGAAAAAAUAAUUUAUUAGUGUUAC